UGAGGAAAGACGAAAGCCGAUUGCAACAAUUACAGGAAGAGCUCAUCCUGGGUCGGGGGAGAGAUGAGCGCUGCUAUCACUAUCCGGACUGCACCAUUCCCAGGGUAGGGAGUCGCGCGGACACAUAGGACCGGACACUGAGGGGGGCUGAAGAGUGCGACCACCAUGUCACUGCUGUGUGGCACUAGUGCAGGGUGUAAGUGGGUGCCCUGUGACUGGGAGGGACAUGUAUGUGCAUGACAGUGUGUGUAUGGGUGACAGGCAGAGCUCACUCCUCCAGUGCUGUAUGUUCUACAUUGUGAGUAGUUGUCAGAGGGUGUACACAUACAUAGACAUGGGAACCUAUAGCAGUAUUCACAUCACUCUACCUGUGCGGUUCUUUUAAUUAACCUGGUGGCCACUGUGCGCUUAUAUUAUACCGCAACUUGAACAGUGGCCUAGAACUUGUAAAGGCUCCAGGGUUCCUCCAGGCGGGUUCUCGCAUCAUGUUGUAAAGAGAGGACAUUCUUGGGUCUUGGCCGCACUCCGCUGGACGCUUCUUCUGGAUAAACUUGUAAAGAAGAAGAAGAACAAAAGUCAAGAUGUCUGUAGAAAAGAGGCUGAAGAAGCUGGAGGACAUGGUCCUCAGGGGCCCCUAUGGAUGUGACUGCGAUUCCCUGAGUGUGGAGACCCUUCUAGAUGUUCUCAUCUGUCUAUGUCAAGAAUGUAACGCACCAGCCCUUCGACGGGACAAAAAUGUGACCGAAUUCCUGGCCUGGGCUGAGACAUUUGCUUCAAAAAUCAAACAAAUGAGGCUCAAAAGAGAAGAUUUUGAGAUUUUAAAAGUAAUCGGUAGAGGAGCGUUUGGUGAGGUAGCAGUGGUGAAAAUGAAAGGAAGUGGAAAAAUCUUUGCUAUGAAAAUCCUACAUAAAUGGGAGAUGCUGAAACGAGCUGAUACUGCUUGUUUUCGGGAAGAAAGAGACGUUUUGGUGAAAGCAGACACACUGUGGAUCCCCACCUUGCAUUAUGCAUUUCAUGAUGAAAACUAUUUGUACCUGGUGAUGGACUACUAUGUUGGAGGAGAUCUAUUGACUUUGCUUAGCAAGUUUGAGGACCGACUAUCAGAGGAAAUGGCUCGAUUUUACGUGGCUGAAAUGGUAUUAGCGAUAGAUUCAGUACAUCAACUGAAGUAUGUGCACAGAGAUAUAAAACCAGAUAAUAUUCUCAUUGACCUGAAAGGCCACAUACGACUUGCUGACUUUGGGUCUUGUUUGAGAAUGCGUCCUGACGGAAUGGUGGAGUCCUCAGUUGCUGUUGGCACCCCAGAUUACAUUUCACCAGAAAUUCUCCAAGCCAUGGAAGAUGGCAAGGGCAAGUAUGGGACAGAGUGUGACUGGUGGUCGCUUGGAGUCUCCAUGUAUGAAAUUCUUUUCGGAGAAACUCCUUUCUAUGCGGAGUCCCUUGUAGAGACUUAUGGAAAAAUAAUGAAUCAUGAGGAACAUCUGCAGUUUCCGUCUGACAUAACAGAUGUAUCUGACAACGCAAAGGAUCUCAUCAAGCGCCUUAUAUGCAGACAAAAAAAUCGACUCGGAAGAGGUGGUAUUGAUGACUUCAAAAAACAUCCAUUCUUUAGUGGAAUAGACUGGGAUAACAUUCAUAAAGCUAUUCCACCUUACAUCCCAGAGGUGGACAGUCCAGCAGACACCUCCAAUUUUGAUGUGGAUGAUGAGUCUUUGAAAACUUCGGAAACAUUGCCUCCAAAUAUUCUUAAUGGUUUUUCAGCGCAUCUCCUUCCAUUUGUGGGAUUUACAUUUACAUCCAACUGCCCGUUAUCAGACAAAGGCACCCUCAUUAACUGCGUGGUCAAUAAUGGUAUGGAAACUAGACCAGCGCAAGACAAAGGAUCCAUUCAAGCUGCCAUGCAGAAUUCUCAUGUUUCAAAUUCUGAGACCCCUACUAAAGAUCGUGAGAUCCGGAGUCUAAAGACAGAGAUGGAAAUUCUCCAGAAGAAGUUAGCAGAAAAAUCCACAGAACAGGAGACCAUAUCAGGAUCACAGGUUCAGUCCUUGGAGAAACAGAUCCGAACGCUCAAACAAGAUAAAGAUCGAUAUACCAAGGAUCUCGCUGAACUGUUGGAACAGUUAAAGUCUCAAGGAGAAGAACUGAGGAUGGCUUUCGAGAAGCAAAGAAAAGCUCAGGAUGAACUGCGUUUAAAGGAGGACAAGUGUGAAGGACUAAGUACUCAAAACAGUAGAUUGUCUCGUAGACUAAAAGAUAAAGAAGAUGAGGCAGAAGCAGCAGCAGAGAAAGUGAGGACCCUAAGAAAGGACCUUCAUAAAGCUGAGGCCAGUAGAAGGGAGGCAGAAUCACUAGUGGAGGAUCUGACCACAGAAGUGGAAAGACAGAAGAAGUUUGUAGAGAGAAGUAAAGCACAAGCAUCCCAAGCUUCGGAAGACCUGGGAAGAGCGAAGGUACAACAGACUGUUGCUUCUCCUGUCAUCAGUGGCUCACUUCAUAUCUAUGAGAUGACCCAGCAGAGAACAGAACUUGAAAGACGGAUCCAACAGCUGGAGACAGAACUUUCUCAACUAAGAGGAGAAUUUUCACAAAGGGAGGCAGAACAUGCCAACGAGAACAAAUUGCUCCGUAGAGAACUUGGAGAGAAGGAGGAGGAACUGAUGUCAUUUAAACAUGAAUUAGAAAGCGUGCAGGAGACCAUUGGCAAAACAAGAGAUGAUAGUGCUCGUACACAAGAGGAGGAAGUUCAUAAUAUUCAAAAGGCAAAUGAACGGGAGAAGAAUCAGCUUAAGGAAGAGAACAGAAAACUUCAGGAAGACAUGGCUAGGUUAAAGACUAUAUCAGAAAAGCUGUCAGCUUCUCAAAAACAACUGGAAGAAGAAGUCCGAUUAUUGGAAGAUAAGAAAGAGACAUUGGCCAAUUGGGAAGCCCAGAUAACAGACAUUCUGCAAUGGGUCAAUGAUGAGAAACAGUCACGAAUUUAUCUACAAGCCUUAUCAUUUAAAAUGACGGAAGAGUUAGAGACACUGAAAAGUUCUGGAAAUCAAACCCCAUCCAGCAAGACAGGGGAGAGCCAAUGGAAAGCACGCCGGCUACAGAAACUAGAGGCUUCAGCACGGCUCGAGCUUCAGUCUGCUCUAGAUGCAGAGAUCAGAGCAAAGCAGAGUAUCCAGGAAGAACUGAAUAAACUCAAGUCUGAUAGCCUUGAAACUGACAGAAAGCUACAAGAGGCAGACGAAGAAAACAAGAAUUUGAGAGUGGAAAUGGAGAGAUUGCGAGAGGAAGUAAAAACAAAGGGGAUAUCAGAAAACAAGCCUCAACGUUCUCUCAUUCCAUUUUUAUCAUUCCGUUCUGAGAAGGAUGUGGCGGCUUCAGAAAACUCUGAACCACUUCAAGCGUUGAGCAAUGUCCUCUUGAGACGAGGAGACAGAACCGAUUCUGUCAAAAAUAAAGCCAACAGGAGAUCUGCCGGGAUCAUGGAAUAUAUAGAAGAGCCUUCAGACAAGCCAAAGACACACACCUUCAAAGUGAAAAGCUUUACAUCACCAACAAAGUGUCUGCGCUGUACAUCUGUCAUGGUUGGACUGGUGCGCCAAGGACUGUGCUGUGAAGUGUGUGGGUAUAUGUGCCAUAUGUCCUGUUGUGAUGGUGCCACAAUUUGUCCAUCUCCCCCUAAUCAAAAUAAGAGGAUUCUUGGAGUAGACCCGAACACUGGCAGCGGCACUGCACUGGAAGGAUACUUAUCGAUCCCUAAGCCAGCUGGAGUGAAGAAGGGAUGGCAGCGGGUCUACGUGAUUAUAAGUGACUUUAAGGUCCAUGUGUAUGAUGCCAGCUCCCAGUGUAAUACCACUAUCCUACAGGUCAUCGAUAUGAGAGAUGAACAUUUUUCUGUUAGCUCUGUCCUGGAAUCUGAUGUCAUCCAUGCUAACCCCAAGGACAUCCCAUGUAUAUUUCGGGUAACCUCCUCACAGCUGAACUUUCCGCUCACCUUGUCCUCUCAGCUUCUGCUGGCAGAAACUUCAGAUGAAAUGCAGAAAUGGGUGCAAGUGCUGAAGGAGCUUCAAUUACUCCUGCGGGAGCAGAGGCCACAGGAUCGCUCAGUUCGGGUGUUAAAGGAGGCAUAUGACAGUGCACUGCCUUUUAUACGCACAACACUCUGCGCAGCCAUCAUGGAUCAGGAAAGAAUUGCUUUGGGGACAGAAGAUGGGCUUUUCCUGCUGCACAUGAAUAAAAAUGAAAUCACCCAGCUGGGAGACUGCAAGCGUGUGUUGUCUUUGCGCUCCGUUCCAGAAGUCCAACAGUUGGCAGUCCUUUGUGGGAAGAGCCAUAGUGUUCGUCUCUUCACCUGGGACCUCCCACCAGACUCUCCUGGAGUAAAGAUCCCUGAAGCAAAGGGCUGUCAGGUCAUUACAACUGGUUUGGUGUGCCAAGGCUCAACUGCUGUUCUUUGUGCUGCUUCAAAGCGUCAAGUUGUCUGCUUCCAAUUAACCAACCGAAAAGGUCUGCCCCGACGGAUUAAAGAAUUCCAGGCAGUUGGAGUCGUACAGUGUAUGGACAUCUUGGGGGAACGAGUGUGUGUUGGAUACACAUCUGGUUUUUCUCUUUAUCCUCUCCUUAAUGAAGGGGCACCAUUAAACUUUCCAAAUCCAGAUGAUCCCAAACUAACCUUCCUUAUACAAGCUGCCCCUGAUGCACUUUGUGCAGCAAGACUGGCACUUAGCGAAUACCUGUUGUGUUUCUCCACAUUUGCAAUAUAUGUGAAUGCAGAUGGAAAAAAGUCACGUUCACAAGAAAUCAUGUGGCCUGCACCUCCACUGGCUUGCUCGUACACCUGUCCUCAUCUCACAGUUUUCAGUGAAAAUGCGGUAGAUAUAUUUGAUGUCCGAAAAGGUGACUGGAUCCAGACCGUCCAUCUGAAGAAAGUUCGGCCUUUGAACUAUGAAGGAUCUCUGUGUGUCUUUGGAACGGAGAAAGUCCGUCUGGUAUAUCUGCGUAAUAAAUUGGCCGAUCAAGAUGAGUUUGACGUUCAAGAGACCUCGGAUAACAGCCGGAGACAGCUGCUCAAAACAAAGAGCAAAAGGCAUUUUUCAUUCCGAAUUUCAGAAGAGGAGCGGCUACAGCAGAGGAGAGUGAUGUUGAAAGACCCUCAGAUGAGGUCAAAACUAAUUUCCAACCCUAAGAAUUUUAAUCAUUUGGUUCAUGUUGGGCCUGGAGAUGGAAAGCAUCAGUUAAAAGAUCUGCCAGUGGCACAAGAAGAGAAAAGAAGGAGCAGUGGGCAAGAAGUAACAGGGAUGGGAAGACCAUUAUCUUCCAGCAGUGACACUGUAAAACGAAGCUCCUGCAGCUCCCAGUCAGAAGACUCCCUGUCCUCUCCUCACAGCUUGAUGACCUUAUCAGACAUCCUACAUGAGAUUCCUGACCACACCGGUAUCUUAAAUACAUCCAACACUUCUUCAUAAGACCAGAUCCAUAAUCCAGUUCCCGUUAUUUGCGGACAAGUGUUGCUCACAAGUGACUUCAUGGAUUUUUAUGAGCCAUAGAUUUUUCUUACUGUCUUUGUUUUAAUGGAAACGUGAAUAUAUUUUUUUUCUGGAUGGUCACCGUUGAGACCCCAAUAAUUACACAACACUUCAUCUGUUGUACCCAUGACACAUUAUGUACAUUAGACGCCAAAUCAAGUGGAUGAAUUAUAUAUGUUUCUCAAAUUAUUUUUAACGGCAAAAAAACACCUACAGGGUGAGACUUUUUUUUUUAUGGAGUUUAUUAUAUAUGUACAUGGAAUUCCAGAAGUGAUAAAUCCUGGUUUGGAAAAUGUCAUUUUAUUCUUCGGCUGUGAAUAUACAGCAUUGUAUGUAACAUAAAAAUUUAUACAGCAUAAAUAUUAUGAAAUCUCUGACCAUGUCCACUCUUCAUUGACUGCAACGAGCACAGGGGGCUUGUUCUGUGUCCUGUGAAGAAAGCAUGCGAGAAGAAUUGUAUCUACCGUUCAUACAUUUGUGAAGACUUUGAGAGAUGUAGACUCUUUUCACAUCUGCAUGCUGUGCUAGAUCUGUCAGAUCCAACUGCCCCUCACAGUGGACCCCCUGCCUUUAUAAAACAGAUCUGUUGGAAUUUCUAUAGUUCUAAUUUUAAGUAUACUGAUACAUACUAUGCUAUUUGUCAAAAGUAAGGGCUCACACACACACACUACUGUGGUUUUUGUCUGCAUCUGAUCCACAUGUUUUGUGGGUCGAAUGGGGCCACAAAAGAUGCAGACAGCACGCGGGGUGCUGUCUGCAUCCAUGUGUCCAUUCCGUCGCACCUUAAAAAAAAAAAUUAUAAUUCCUAUUCUUGUCCGUAUUACAGACAGACAAACAUAGGACUGUUCUAUAGAGGGCAGGAUGUUUUGUGUGGAAUGCACAUGACCAGUAUCUGUGUUUUUUGCGGACCACACAAACACCAAAGACCGUGUGCACGAGUCCUUAGGGAACUGCUGAUAACAGAUUUAGGCCUCGUUCACAUUUCCGUGUCAGUGGCA